AUGAAUAUCAAGAGCUCAGAUGGAAACCCAGUUCUAAGCAAAGAAGGGAAAGCAGAGAGGUGGAAGGAGUAUAUAGAGGGUCUAUACAAGGGCGACGUACUUGAGGACAAUAUUGUGGAAAUGGAAGAGGAUGUAGAUGAAGAUGAAAUGGGAGAUACGAUACUGCGUGAAGAAGAGUUUGACAGAGCACUGAAAGACCUGAGUCGAAACAAGGUCCCGGGAGUAGACAACAUUCCAUUAGAACUACUGACAGCCUUGGGAGAGCUAGUCCUGACAAAACUCUACCAUCUGGUGAGCAAGAUGUAUGAGACAGGCGAAAUACCCUCAGAUAUCAAGAAGAAUAUAAUAAUUCCAAUCCCAAAGAAAGCAGGUGUUGACAGAUGUUGA